AAGAGCAACAAAGCGAAAAGAAAAGGAGAGAGAGAGAAAGAGAAAGAGAGAGUGAGUAGUGAGUGUGGGAGAGAGAAAGGGAAGGAACUAAUACUGUGUGGAAGCUUUCGAAACCACAGAAGAGAAAACGAUGUCGGAGAGCUUUACAUCACCACUGCAACUCUAAGAGAGAGAGAGGGUGAGAGGUAUAUAUUAUUACUACACACAUAAUGAUGAGAUAGAUAGAUAGAUAGAUAGAGCGGUCUCAUAAGGAGAAAUUAACACUUAGAUGAAAAUUCAAGAGAAAAAGGGGGCCUAGAUAUACAUAGCUAGACCCUGAUUAUUAUUUAUUCUCUUUCUUUCUUCUCUCUCUCUCUCUUUUAUAUCUAUCUUUAUGGAUCAUCACUACUCUAUAUAAUAUAUAUACACAUCCACUAGUCUCUUUUUUCUCUUUAAUUUCUGCAAGUAGUGGCAACAAAGGUGAGGAGGGAGGAGAGGAUGAAGAAGAAGAUGAUGAUGAUGAUGAUGUUAAUAUGGGAAUAGCAAGCACACAGCCACUGCAUCCAAGACCCAUUCUUUUCCAUCACUCAUCAAGAACAACACAAGAGCAGUAGCAGCACCAUUCAUUUUCCUCCUUUUCUUACUCCAAUAAUAAUAAUAAUAAUUCUAUGUCCCAUCAGCAAGUGCACCGCCACCACCAUUAGUAGGGAUAGACGAGGAAGAAGAACAAGCAGGAGGAGCUGCAGGAGGAGGCCUUCCCCAUGUGUAUGAAACCGCAGGCAUGCUUUCGGAGAUGUUCAAUUUCCCUGCCACCGAGCUCCUGGAACAGCAGCACCACCACUUCCGCUCCCCUUCUUCGUCGAGGCCACAACCACCAGAGAACUGGUACGGAAGCAGGCAAGGCAUGAUAGCCACCACCACGACGGGGUUUGGAGGAGACUCCAAGCAGCAGAUUUCAAGCAUUAAUGCGGAUUCAGCAGCAGCCAUGCACCUUUUCCUGAUGAACCCAGCUCAAAGGAGAUCUCCUUCGCCUCCUCCAUCGGCAACCUCUUCCACUCUCCACAUGCUUCUUCCCAACCAUUCCUCCAACUCCUUACAAGGGUUCCCUCCUGCUGGCUCCGCAGGAGGGUCUUUCGGGCAAUUCACAUGGGUUCCCGACAGCGGCGCCGGCCAUGAGGGAGCAGCUAACAACCCUGCUGCUGCUCCUCCUGGCCAUCACGAGAUUAACGUGGUGGAAGGGCAAGGCCUUUCGCUCUCGCUUUCGUCUUCGCUUCAGCACUUGGAAGCUGCGAAAGCGGAGGAACUGAGGAUGGGAGAAGGCGGUUUUCUAUUUUACAAUCAAGGGGGAGGAGCGGCGGCUUCUAAUUCGGGUCAUUUUCCGUACAAGAACCAUUUGCAAGGUGGCAUGGUAGGACAGGGGCACCUUGCUGGGUUCGCUUCUGCUUCAUCUUCUUCGUCCUUAGGGGUAGUUCACGUUCUUAGGAAUUCAAAGUAUGUGAAAGCCGCACAAGAGUUGCUUGAGGAGUUUUGCAGUGUUGGAAGGGGCCACUUCAAGAAAAACAAGUUCAGUAGGCAGAAUUCAAACCCUAAUUCCACCGCCUCUCCUUCAUCUUCCAAAGAUCCUCCUCCUGCUGCAGCUCCACCUCCGCCUCCUUUGUCAGCUUCCGACAGGAUUGAGCAUCAGAGAAGGAAGGUCAAACUUCUAUCAAUGCUUGACGAGGUGGACCGAAGAUACAACCACUACUGCGAGCAAAUGCAGAUGGUGGUGAACUCAUUUGACGUGGUGAUGGGGUACGGGGCGGCGGUGCCGUACACGGCGCUGGCGCAGAAGGCGAUGUCGAGGCAUUUCCGGUGCCUGAAGGACGCAAUAACGACGCAGCUGAAGCAUUCGUGCGAGGUGCUGGGGGAGAAGGAGGGGGCGGGAGGGUCAGGGCUGACGAAGGGGGAGACGCCGCGGCUGAAGAUGUUGGAGCAGAGCCUACGGCAGCAGAGGGCGUUCCAGCAGAUGGGUAUGAUGGAACAAGAAGCUUGGAGACCUCAGAGAGGCUUGCCUGAACGUUCUGUCAACAUUUUGAGAGCUUGGCUUUUUGAGCAUUUUCUCCACCCGUAUCCAAGCGAUGCAGAUAAGCAUCUCUUGGCGAGGCAGACUGGCCUCUCCAGAAAUCAGGUAUCAAACUGGUUCAUAAAUGCCAGGGUUCGGUUGUGGAAACCCAUGGUGGAAGAGAUGUACCAACAAGAACAAAAAGAAGCAGAGGAGUGUGGGGCAGCGGAAGAAGGCGAAGAAGAGGAAGAAGAAGAACAAAACAACAGCAGCAACGGUGGGCAGCAACAAGCACAAAAUCCAAGCACAACGAGUGGCGGUGAAAGCGAAAUACAAGUAGAAGGGUUUUCGGAAAACCAAGAGGGCGGCAGCAAUAGCAUAAUGGUUGCGCAAGGUGGAAUGGCGUCGGAGAUGAUGCCCCCACAACAGUCACAGAGAUCGAUGGCAAGCGAUGACACGUGUCGACAUGGCAGCUACGUAGCAGGUGCUGAAUAUGGGACCGCGUCUACUACUGCUGCUGCUGCCGCUGCUGACAUUGGAUCCGCUACCCUCAUUAGGUUCGGGACCACCGCCGGUGACGUGUCACUCACCCUAGGGUUACGCCACGCCGGGAACGUCCCCCGACAAAACCCCUUUUUCUCUUAGAACACACUUUACUCGAAUCAAUCCUCAUUAUUAUACUACUGCUCUGCUUCACCAUAUAAUUAAUUAAUCAUUAAUCGUUAUAUAUUUUAUAUUAUUAUUAUUAUAGGAACAUCAUAUCCUUUAUUUUCUAUUCUAUAUGAGGAAAUACAAGAAAGAAAUCCUUUUUUUCUCUUCCAAUUCAAUCCACUAUUUUUAUUUGCAUCAUUUCAAAUAAGCUAAGGUAAUACAAUAAGAGCAAGGUAGCUAGCUAGAUAGCUCCAUAUAUGGUCCCUCAUUGUGUAACUGUAUAGUAGAUCCAUCGUUUUUCCCCAUAUAUAAGAUUCGUUCCGGUGUCUUA